AAGGGGCUGGGGAUUUUAAGCAAGCACCUCGUGUAGCGUUUGGCUCUCUCCUCUCGUUCGCCCCCGCCUCUCAUACCUUCUAAGUCAAAGUGAGACGCGGGGUCCAGAAGUCUGGGAAAGCCAAACGCUAGUUUGGGCCUGGAAACCCCAGGAGUACGUGUAGUUUUGCCACUUCUUAAGGACCUGGGGAGGACUCCAUUUCCCAAGAACUUGAUGGUGGUGAAGUGCUGGUUGUAAUUUAGAAAGACUGCCCUUCAGUGUUUUAAAAACACCGCUUGGCGUUGGCCUAAGAGCUGAGAGCCGGUCCGACGGGCUGGGAAGCCAUGGAAGCUGCUGGGAAAGAGGAAAUCAGUGUUGAAGAUGAAGCUGUGGAUAAAAACAUUUUCAAAGACUGCAGCAAGAUUGCUUUCUACAGGCGUCAGAAACAGCAGCUCUCCACAAAGUCCACCUAUCAGGCAUUACUAGACUCCGCCACAAAAGGCAAAGACAGCACCAAUUUCCAAAUCCUCAAUGAAGCAACUAAGGUUCCUCUUCUGGCUGAAGUUUAUGGUAUAGAGGGAAAUAUUUUCAGGCUUAAAAUCAAUGAAGAAACUCCCCUGAAACCCAGGUAUGAAGUUCCUGAUGUUGUCACAAGCAAGCCACGCACCGUAAGGCUGAUUUCAUCCUCAGGGGAUGCAGGUAGUCUGGUAUUGGCUGAUGGAAAAGGAGAUCUGAAGUGUCGUAUCACAGCAAACCCAUUCAAGGUAGAUUUAGUGUCUGAAGAAGAGGUUGUGAUGAGCAUAAACUCCCUGGGCCACUUGUACUUUGAGCACCUGCAAGUUCCCCUCAAGAAAAGAGCUACCAAAGAAAAUAAGGAAGACACAUCAGUUGACGCUUCUCAGGAAAACCAAGAGGAUCUAGGCUUGUGGGAGGAGAAAUUCGGAAAAUUUGUGGAUGUCAAAGUUAAUGGCCCCGCCUCCAUUGGUUUGGAUUUCUCCUUGCACGGAUUUGAGCAUCUUUACGGGAUCCCACAACAUGCAGAAUCACACCAACUUAAAAAUACUGGUGAUGGCGAUGCUUACCGUCUUUAUAAUCUGGAUGUCUAUGGAUAUAAAAUACAUGACAAAAUGGGCAUUUAUGGUUCAGUGCCUUAUCUCCUGGCCCACAAACCAGGCAGGACUCUAGGCAUUUUUUGGCUGAAUGCCUCAGAAACGCUAGUGGAGAUCAAUACAGAGCCUGCAGUAAAGUACACAGUGACCCAGAUGGGCCCCGUUGCAGCUAAACAAAAGGUCAGAUCUCGAACUGAUGUGCAUUGGAUGUCAGAGAGUGGAAUCAUUGAUGUUUUUCUGCUGACAGGACCUACACCUUCUGAUGUUUUCAAGCAGUACUCAUACCUUACAGGCACACAAGCCAUGCCCCCUCUCUUCUCUCUGGGGUACCAUCAGUGCCGCUGGAACUAUGAGGAUGAGCAGGAUGUAAAAGCAGUGGAUGCAGGAUUUGAUGAGCAUGACAUUCCUUAUGAUGUCAUGUGGCUGGACAUAGAGCAUACCGAGGGCAAAAGGUACUUCACCUGGGACAAGAAAAGAUUCCCAAAUCCCAAAAGGAUGCAAGAGCUGCUCAGAAACAAAAAACGUAAGCUUGUGGUCAUCAGUGACCCCCACAUCAAGAUUGAUCCUGACUACUCAGUGUAUGCUGAGGCCAAAGAACAGGGCUUCUUUGUGAGGAAUCAUGAAGGAGGAGACUUUGAAGGGGUAUGCUGGCCUGGUCUCUCCUCUUACCUGGAUUUCAUCAAUCCCAAGGUCAGAGAGUGGUAUUCAAGUCUUUUCACUUUCUCUGCCUAUCAGGGAUCUACUGACAUCCUCUACAUAUGGAAUGACAUGAAUGAGCCCUCUGUCUUUAGAGGACCAGAGCUAACCAUGCAGAAGAAUGCCAUUCAUCAUGGCAAUUGGGAGCACAGGGAACUUCACAACAUCUAUGGUUUUUAUCAGCAAAUGGCUACUGCAGAAGGACUGAUACAGCGAUCUAAAGGAAAGGAGAGACCCUUUGUUCUUACCCGUUCUUUCUUUGCCGGAUCACAAAAGUAUGGUGCUGUGUGGACAGGCGACAACACGGCAGAAUGGAGCUACCUGAAAAUUUCUAUCCCUAUGUUACUCACCCUCAGCAUUACUGGGAUCCCUUUUUGUGGAGCUGACGUAGGUGGCUUCAUGAAUCCAGAAGCAGAGCUGCUAGUGCGUUGGUACCGCGGAGCCUACCAGCCCUUCUUCCGGGGCCACGCUACCAUGAACACCAAGCGGCGGGAGCCAUGGCUCUUUGGGGAGGAACACACCCGGCUCAUCCGAGAAGCCAUCAGACAGCGCUACACUCUCCUGCCCUAUUGGUAUUCUCUGUUCUACCGGGCACACGUGGCUGCCGAACCCGUCAUGAGGCCUCUAUGGAUAGAGUUCCCAGAGGAAUUAAACACUUUCGGUGUGGAAGAUGAAUACAUGCUAGGAAGUGCUUUAUUGGUUCAUCCAGUCACAGAACCAAAAGCCACCACAGUCAGUGUGUUUCUGCCAGGAUCAAAUGAGGUCUGGUAUGACUCUAAAACGGGUACUUAUUGGGAAGGAGCAUGUACUGUGAAGAUCCCAGUAACUUUGGACUCUAUACCAGUGUUUCAACGAGGUGGAAGUAUAGUGCUAAAGACAACUAUAGGAAAAUCCACAGGCUACAUGACUGAUUCCCCAUAUGGACUCCGGGUGGCUCUCAGCACUAAGGGUUCUGCCGUGGGUGAACUCUAUCUCGACGAUGGCCAUUCAUUCCAGUACCUCCACCAGAAGCAAUUCUUGCAUAGGAAGUUUUCAUUCUUGUCAGGUGUUUUGACCAACAGUUGUGCUGACAAAAGAGGUCAUCAUCCCAGCAAGUGUGUGGUGGAGCGGGUCUUCGUCCUUGGCCUCAAGAAGCAGCCAUCUUCUGUGACCACCCAUUCAUCUGACGGUAAAGAAGAGCCUGUGGUUUUUACAUAUUGUACCACAAUGUCCACCCUGAGCCUGGAGAAGCUGUCACUGAACAUCAGCGUUGACUGGGAGGUCCACAUCAAAUAACUGUGGCGUGCACCCAGUGACGGGCUCAGAAAGCAGCCUGCACCUUCCAGCCUUUCCCUUGGCCUUUUCUGAUAUUUGUGCUACGUGCUAAUUGACUUCUCUGGCUAACAAUUAGCUUUCAUUAGGCACCACUUUACUAACAAAAACAGAUUUCAGGUUUUACAUUUUUAGAGGUACUAGGAAUACUUUUUGGGUCAAACACCACCUCAUCUCCUAGAUGCAGGUAGCCCUGAGACUUUUAUAGAGUUCAUUAAUCUUCCAUUGCUUCUUGGAUUGUGGCCCUGUGGUCAGCACUGUGGCCCAAUGAGUAGCUUCUCUUUGAGCACAGCUGGAUGGUUGUGUGUGUGUGUGUGUGUGUGUGUGUGUGUGUGUGUGUGUGUUUAAGUAAACUCUACCCUCAAUGUGGGGCU